AUGGGGCUAAGAAUUGCCAGCCUUUUUAUGCUCUGGCUGGCCCUUUCCUAUGCAAAUGAAAUAAGAAAAGGAAGGACAAGAAACCAUGGCCACUAUGUCUGCAGCACUUGGGGAAACAACCAUUUCAAAACUUUUGAUGGAGACAUCUAUCAAUUCCCUGGCAUUUGCGAGUAUAAUUUUGCUUCUGACUGCCGAGAGUCUUACAAGGAGUUCUCUGUCCACAUUCAGCGUGCUCUGAACAGCAAUAACCACCCUGAGAUCCAGUAUAUUCUGGUAACAAUCAAGGACUUUACAGUGUACCUCAGACCAAAACUGGCAGUGGUGGAUGGGCGGAUUGUGAAGACACCUUACUACAGCUCUGGUGUGCUCAUUGAGAGCAAUGACAUUUACACCAAGGUUUAUGCUAAAUUAGGCCUGACUCUGAUAUGGAAUCAGGAAGAUGCACUGAUGGUGGAGCUGGACAGCAAAUUUAAUAACCAUACAUGUGGUCUCUGUGGGGAUUACAAUGGAGUUCCAAUCUACAAUGAGUUUUUCAAUGGAGUUGCAAGCUACAGUUCAAUUACAUAUGGGAAUUUACAGAAGAUCAGCAAACCCAAUGCCAAAUGUGAAGAUCCUGAUGAAACUCAGGCUAUUCCAAGCUGUAACGGGCAUCGUGAUGAGUGUGAGAGGUUGCUGACCUCCUCUGCAUUUGCUGAUUGUCGGUUACGUCUUAAUUUGGAAAUGUACAUCCAAGCCUGCAUGCAGGACAAGUGUGCAUGCAAUGGAAAUGAGGACGACUUCUGCCUCUGCAGCACCAUCUCUCAGUAUUCUCGCCAGUGUUCGCAUGCGGGUGGCCGGCCGGGUGAAUGGAGGACACAGUAUUUUUGCCCCAAGACCUGUCCUGAUACCAUGAUCUAUAAAGAAAGCAGUUCACCCUGCAUGGAUACUUGCUCACACUUGGAGAUCAGCAGCCUUUGUGAGGAACACUACAUGGAUGGUUGUUUCUGCCCUGAAGGAACUGUGUAUGAUGAUAUUACUGAAAAAGGCUGCAUACCUGCUAGCCAGUGCCACUGCAAACUCCAUGGAAAGGAGUAUUCACCUGGAGAAAGCAUUACCAAUGAAUGUGAAGAAUGCACCUGUGAUUCAGGCAGGUGGACGUGCAAAGAUCUACCCUGUCCAGGCACAUGUUCACUGGAAGGAGGUUCCCAUAUUACCACCUUUGAUGGGAAGAAAUACACCUUCCAUGGAGACUGUUACUAUGUGUUAGCCAAGGGUGUUGUAAAUGACAGUCAUGCUCUUCUGGCAGAGCUGGCUCCCUGUGGCUCCACAGACAGGCAGACCUGUUUGAAGACUGUUGUGCUGUUAGUAGAUCACAAAAAAAAUGUGGUGGUUUUCAGAUCAGAUGGCAGUGUGUUACUGAAUGAGAUGACAGUGAAUGUGCCUUAUGUGUCAGCCAGCUUCUCAGUAUUCAAGCCAUCUUCCUACUACCUUGUUGUACAAACUUCUUUCGGGCUUCAGCUGCAGAUCCAGUUGUUUCCAGUCAUGCAGCUGUUUGCAACUGUGGAUCAAUCAGUUCAAGGAAAACUUCAAGGUCUUUGUGGAAACUUUAAUGGAAUGGAAGGUGAUGACUUUAAAACAGCCAGUGGGCUGGUAGAAGCUACAGGAUCUGCCUUUGCUAACACAUGGAAAGCUCAGUCCACCUGUACAGACCAGGUGGAAAAGCUGGAAGACCCCUGCAGUCUCAGUAUUGAAAGUGCAAAUUAUGCCGAGCAUUGGUGUUCUUUGCUGAAAAACUCAGAGGGUCCUUUUGCAAGAUGUCACUUAAUCAUUGAUCCUUCAGACUACUAUAAGAAAUGUAAAUAUGACACCUGCCUCUGUGAAGACAAUGAAAAAUGCUUGUGUGCUGCCCUGUCUUCUUAUUCAAGAGCCUGUGCUUUCAAAGGGAUCAUACUGGGAGGCUGGAGAAAAAGUGUCUGCAGUAAGGAAGUGUCUGCCUGCCCAGGAAAUCAAAUCUUCCUUUACAACCUUACAAUGUGCCAGCAAACCUGUCGUUCCCUUGCUGAUGGUGAAAAACAUUGCUUGCAAGACUUUGCUCCUGUGGAUGGCUGUGGCUGCCCAUAUAAUACAUACUUGGAUAACAAGGAUACCUGUGUGCCCAUCUCCAAGUGCCCAUGUUUUUACAAGGGAUCAUACUUGGAACCAGGGGAAUAUGUCACAAAAGAUGGAGAACGUUGUGUUUGCCGAAAUGCAAAGGUCCAGUGUACUUCAGUGACAAUAAGAACAAAGAAUGCAACAGAAUGUUCUUCUAACAAGAUGUACUUUGACUGCAAUGCAUCCCCAAAGUGGACUUCACAAACGCCUGUACAACUUGGCUGUCAUACUCCUCGAACUGAUCAUUUCCAGGCAGAGUGUGUCUCAGGCUGUGUGUGUCCUGAAGGUCUAUUUGAUGAUGGGAAAGGGGGCUGUGUUGAGGAGAAGGACUGCCCAUGCAUUCAUAACAACCAGUGGUAUUCUCCUGGACAGAAGAUAACAGUGGACUGCAACACCUGUACCUGCCAAAAAGGGGUUUGGAGCUGCACUGAAGAUGUGUGCUAUGGGACUUGUAUGAUAUAUGGAAGUGGCCAUUAUAUCACCUUUGAUGGAAAAUUCUAUGACUUUGAUGGGAGUUGUGAAUAUGUGGCUACUCAGGAUUUUUGUGGUGACAAAAAUUCCAGCAGCUCAUUCAGUAUCAUCACAGAGAAUGUCCCUUGUGGAACUACAGGAGUCACCUGCUCAAAAGCUAUUAAAAUGUUUCUAGGGAAAACAGAACUGAAAUUGGAGAACAAAGAUUAUAAAGAAAUUCAGCGAGAUAUUGGUGAUGAUGUGCGUUAUGGGAACAGGACAGUAGGCCUCUACCUCGUUAUUGAGGCUAGCAAUGGUGUGAUGCUCAUCUGGGAUAAGAAGACUACUGUUUUCAUCAAGUUGACCCCUGAUUACAAAGGCAAAGUGUGUGGUCUGUGUGGCAACUUUGAUGACAAGUCUAACAAUGACUUUACAACAAGGAGUGGGCUGCAGGAGACUAAUGCUCUGAAGUUUGGGAAUUCCUGGAAACAGUCUUCCAUGUGCCCAGAUAUCACACAAGAGAUAAAGCCCUGUGAUGUGAAACCGCAUCGGAAGUCCUGGGCAGAGAAAGAAUGCAGCAUCAUCCGGAGUGAAGUCUUUAAAAUUUGUCACUCCAAGGUGGACCCAAUUCCUUUCUAUGAAGCUUGUGUUCAUGACGCCUGUUCUUGUGACAGUGGUGGAGAUUGUGAGUGCUUCUGUUCUGCAGUUGCUGCAUAUGCUCAAGAAUGUACCAAGGCUCAGGCCUGUGUUUUCUGGAGAACUCCUGAUAUAUGCCCGGUAUUUUGUGACUACUACAACCCUCGUAAUGAGUGUGACUGGCACUAUGAGCCUUGUGGCAGUAAUGUCACGACCUGCAGGAUGAUUAAUAAUGUCAGCACCAACUUUUCAGUACCAUACCUGGAAGGUUGCUACCCCAGAUGCCCUAAGGACAAGCCUGUUUAUAAUGAAGAGACAAAGGAAUGUGUGCCUGGAGAUAAAUGUUGGUGUUACAUCAAUGGUGUUACACCACCUAUUCCCCCUGGGAGUGAAAUAAUCACAGAAGAGAACUGUACAAAAUGUGUCUGUGGCCCCUCAGGAUCCAUACAGUGUACACCAAUCCAAGGGUGUCCUUGUGUCAUCAAUGGAACGCAUUAUAAAGUGGGUGAAACUGUGGCACAAAUACAGGAUGGCAACAUAUGUAUAACAUACGUUUGUGCAGAAAAUGGUUCUAUAGUUGUUGGAAGUACUUAUCCUUGUCCAACAUCUACUUCACCUACAACCAUUUCAACUUCCUUUCCUACCAGUACUCUUACCACUACAGUUACCACUACAAGCCCUCCAGUAACUACAACUCCAUGCUUUGGAUUAAUCUGUAAUUGGACUGAAUGGUUUGAUGUUAGUAAACCUGAAGAACAUGGCGGUGACUAUGAAACCUACGAUGCAAUAAGAAGUGAACAUGGAAACAAAAUAUGUGAAGCUCCUGAAAGAAUUGAAUGCAGGGCUAAAGAUAGGCCCGAUGUGAGCUUAGAGGAACUUGGACAGAAAGUAGAGUGUAAUGUUACAUACGGACUAAUCUGUAAAAAUGAGGAGCAAGAUGCAACUCUGUGGCGACUUUGCUAUAAUUAUGAAAUCAGGGUAAACUGUUGUGAAUGGCAUGAAAUUUCUUGUGAGAUUACAGGCACACCGAGUCCGACACCAACUGCAACUUCAACCACCACCAGGACAACAGUACCCAUCAUGACUACAGCCAGGCAGCCAACAACAAUUACCACCAUGCCCGUACCCACCCCAACCAUCACAAGCGAAGCCCCACCUUCGUCCACAACGAGCACAGUGUCCUUUCCACACACAUGGACAACCACUCCCACGCCAACACCAUCGGAGCCUCCCAGCACCACUGCCACCACCACGAUGCCCCCCAGCAGCACCACCAGCAGCACCCCGGGGACAACGAUGACUGUUCCUGGCACACCAACUUCUUCAUGUACGUUCCCAACACCAAUAAUAAUCACCAAAACCCCGCUGCCUCCGAUUUCAGAACCAAUAAAGAGUACACCACCUGCAUCAGGAAUACCGACAAAGACAAGUACUACAGUUAUUCCUUCAGCUACCCCACUGCAAACAACUAGAACGACGGAAAUACAAAGUACAGUGUCUACCAUGGGCACCACUAUUCAACAGUCAACACCAUCCGUAUCAACAAGCCCAGUGGCAUCCACCACCUCUGGAGGCACUGAAACAGAAUCGACCCCCAAGACCACCACUUCGGGCCCCACCUCCGCAGGACCCCCUCCCCAGAGCACCACAAUCCUAACGGAAACCCCUAGCCAUGAGACCACUACCACCACAACUGGGAGCCCUCCGACACAAUCUCCUACCACCACCGUCAGCACCACAAGCUCAGGACCAUCCUCCCCAGAGCCUACAGCCAGCACUACCGUAUCACUGCCAUCGUUAUCAACAAGCCCAGUGGCAUCCACCACCUCUGGAGGCACUGAAACAGAAUCGACCCCCAAGACCACCACCUCGGGCCCCACCUCCUCAGGACCCCCUCCACAGAGCACCACAAUACUAACGGAAACCCCUAGCCAUGAGACCACUACCACCACAACUGGGAGCCCUCCGACACGAUCUCCUACCACCACCGUCAGCACCACAAGCUCAGGACCAUCCUCCCCAGAGCCUACAGCCAACACUACUGUAUCACUGCCAUCGUUAUCAACAAGCCCAGUGGCAUCCACCACCUCUGGAGGCACUGAAACAGAAUCGACCCCCAAGACCACCACUUCGGGCCCCUCCUCCUCAGGACCCCCUCCCCAGAGCACCACAAUCCUAACGGAAACCCCUAGCCAUGAGACCACUACCACCACAACUGGGAGCCCUCCGACACAAUCUCCUACCACCACCGUCAGCACCACAAGCUCAGGACCAUCCUCCCCAGAGCCUACAGCCAGCACUACUGGAUCACUGCCAUCGGUAUCAACAAGCCCAGUGGCAUCCACCACCUCUGGAGUCACUGAAAAAGGAUCGACCACCAAGACCCCCACUUCGGGCCCCACCUCCGCAGGACCCCCUCCCCAGAGCACCACAAUCCUAACGGAAACCCCUAGCCAUGAGACCACUACCACCACAACUGGGAGCCCUCCGACACGAUCUCCUACCACCACCGUCAGCACCACAAGCUCAGGACCAUCCUCCCCAGAGCCUACAGCCAACACUACUGUAUCACUGCCAUCGGUAUCAACAAGCCCAGUGGCAUCCACCACCUCUGGAGUCACUGAAACAGGAUCGACCACCAAGACCCCCACUUCGGGCCCCACCUCCUCAGGACCCCCUCCACAGAGCACCACAAUAGUAACGGAAACACCUAGCCAUGAGACCACUACCACCACAACUGGGAGCCCUCCGACACGAUCUCCUACCACCACCGUCAGCACCACAAGCUCAGGACCAUCCUCCCCAGAGCCUACAGCCAGCACUACCGUAUCACUGCCAUCGUUAUCAACAAGCCCAGUGGCAUCCACCACCUCUGGAGUCACUGAAACAGGAUCGACCACCAAGACCACCACUUCGGGCCCCACCUCCGCAGGACCCCCUCCCCAGAGCACCACAAUAGUAACGGAAACACCUAGCCAUGAGACCACUACCACCACAACUGGGAGCCCUCCGACACGAUCUCCUACCACCACCGUCAGCACCACAAGCUCAGGACCAUCCUCCCCAGAGCCUACAGCCAACACUACUGUAUCACUGCCAUCGUUAUCAACAAGCCCAGUGGCAUCCACCACCUCUGGAGGCACUGAAACAGAAUCGACCCCCAAGACCACCACUUCGGGCCCCUCCUCCUCAGGACCCCCUCCACAGAGCACCACAAUAGUAACGGAAACACCUAGCCAUGAGACCACUACCACCACAACUGGGAGCCCUCCGACACAAUCUCCUACCACCACCGUCAGCACCACAAGCUCAGGACCAUCCUCCCCAGAGCCUACAGCCAGCACUACCGUAUCACUGCCAUCGGUAUCAACAAGCCCAGUGGCAUCCACCACCUCUGGAGGCACUGAAACAGAAUCGACCCCCAAGACCACCACUUCGGGCCCCACCUCCGCAGGACCCCCUCCCCAGAGCACCACAAUCCUAACGGAAACCCCUAGCCAUGAGACCACUACCACCACAACUGGGAGCCCUCCGACACAAUCUCCUACCACCACCGUCAGCACCACAAGCUCAGGACCAUCCUCCCCAGAGCCUACAGCCAACACUACUGUAUCACUGCCAUCGGUAUCAACAAGCCCAGUGGCAUCCACCACCUCUGGAGUCACUGAAAAAGGGUCGACCACCAAGACCCCCACUUCGGGCCCCACCUCCUCAGGACCCCCUCCCCAGAGCACCACAAUCCUAACGGAAACCCCUAGCCAUGAGACCACUACCACCACAACUGGGAGCCCUCCGACACGAUCUCCUACCACCACCGUCAGCACCACAAGCUCAGGACCAUCCUCCCCAGAGCCUACAGCCAGCACUACUGUAUCUCUGCCACUGAAACAGGAUCGACCACCAAGACCCCCACUUCGGCACCACAAGCUCAGGACCAUCCUCCCCAGAGCCUACAGCCAGCACUACUGUAUCUCUGCCACUGAAACAGGAUCGACCACCAAGACCACCACUUCGGGCCCCACCUCCGCAGGACCCCCUCCCCAGAGCACCACAAUCCUAACGGAAACCCCUAGCCAUGAGACCACUACCACCACAACUGGGAGCCCUCCGACACAAUCUCCUACCACCACCGUCAGCACCACAAGCUCAGGACCAUCCUCCCCAGAGCCUACAGCCAGCACUACCGUAUCACUGCCAUCGUUAUCAACAAGCCCAGUGGCAUCCACCACCUCUGGAGUCACUGAAAAAGGGUCGACCACCAAGACCACCACUUCGGGCCCCACCUCCUCAGGACCCCCUCCCCAGAGCACCACAAUACUAACGGAAACCCCUAGCCAUGAGACCACUACCACCACAACUGGGAGCCCUCCGACACGAUCUCCUACCACCACCGUCAGCACCACAAGCUCAGGACCAUCCUCCCCAGAGCCUACAGCCAGCACUACUAGCACCACAAUACUAACGGAAACAGGUAGCUCAAUGACAACAACUGCAACUCGCACUACUCCAACAAGACCAAGUGCCAGCACCACCAUGACUUCAGGACCAUCCUCCCCAGAGCCUACAGCCAGCACUACUGUAUCUCUGCCAUCAGCAUCAACCAGUCCCAUGUCAGUCACCACUUCUGGUACAACUCCAACAGAAUCUUUUACCACCACUUCAGGAACAACCUCUAGUAAUUUUACCACAGUCACUGCAACCACCACCACCACCACCUCCGGAAUUGUUUCCUCUGGCUCAACUAGUACUUCUUGGCCAACUGCAACAUCAAGUGCAGUCACCAUUCCAGGAAGUUCUAUGUACAGUACAGUUACUCCACUCAGUGCUUCAGGUUCAACUACAAGUCUACCACCAACGACUCCUGGAAGGAAUUGUUCUAUUUUACCUAAUGAAUCUCAUGUGCCAGGUGAGUCAUGGUGGCUCUGUAACUGCACUAAGGCAAUAUGUAUAGAAGACAAUAUAAUCCAGGUGGUUCCCAUAAUCUGUAAUCCACCUCCUAAACCUACAUGUGCCAAUGGGCUUUCUCCUGUGCAAGUCAUUGAUGAGGAUGGAUGCUGUUGGCACUGGGAGUGUGAUUGCUACUGCACUGGCUGGGGAGACCCACAUUACAUGACUUUUGAUGGACUGUACUACAGCUAUCAAGGGAAUUGUACAUACGUCCUUGUGGAAGAGAUUUAUAAGAAAGUUGACAACUUCGGUGUCUACAUUGAUAACUACCAUUGUGAUACACGGGAUGUAGUCUCCUGUCCUCGAACGCUCAUUGUGAGACACGAGACUCAGGAAGUGCGCAUAGCAACAGUCAAACCAAAUACUCUACAAGUAAAGGUGACAGUAAACAAACAGGCAGUGGCUUUGCCUUAUAAAAAAUUUGGCUUGAGCAUCUAUGAGUCAGGCAUAAAUCGUGUAGUGGAAAUUCCUGAACUAAAAAUGAAUGUGACUUACAAUGGCUUGUCCUUUUCUAUCAGAAUGCCCUACAGACUGUUUGGCAACAACACUCAUGGACAGUGUGGUACUUGCAAUAACAACACGGCAGAUGACUGCAUGUUGCCGAAUGGUAACAUUGCAGAAAACUGUGAAACCAUGGCAGAUCAUUGGCAAGUUGUUGAUCCCUCCAAACCACAGUGCUCUCCAGGCCUAAUUCCUACAAAAGCACCUAGCACAACCCCGAUGCAGCCUUGCAAAGAAUCUUCCAUCUGCAAGCUUCUUUUGGGAAGUCUGUUCGAGCCAUGCCAUGGCUUUGUCCGGCCUGAAAAGUACUAUGCAGCCUGUGUUUUUGAUAGCUGUGUAGUUCCCAACUUAGACCUGGAAUGCUCAAGUCUGCAGGUCUAUGCUGCCACCUGUGCUGAUCAAAGUGUAUGCAUUGACUGGAGAAGUCAUACCAAUGGUGUUUGCUGCACUUAUAAAUGCCCCUCAGAUAAAGAAUACAGAGCAUGUGGUCCUAUUAAAGAGAUAACCUGCAAAUCAAGUCAACAAAAUGAAACUUCAACUAAACAAAUGGAAGGCUGUUUCUGUCCUAAUGGAACAAUGCUGUAUGACUCUGGUGUGGAUGUCUGUGUGAAAACUUGUGGCUGUCUUGGAUUGGAUAAGAUACCAAGAGAGUUUGGGGAAAAGUUUACAGUAGACUGUCAGGACUGUAUUUGCCUGGAAGGUGGAAAUGGCAUUGUAUGUGAGCCUCAUGAAUGUGCCAAACAAAAUAAGACCAGUUGUGAUGGAGAAGGCUUCUAUGAGGUCAAUGAAGUUAAUUCUGAAGACUCCUGCUGCCCCAUUGUCACCUGCAAAUGCAAUACAAGCCUGUGCACAACUAAAGUCCCCAAGUGUACAGUGGGAUUUGAAGUUCAUUCUCAUAUUCCCAGUGGUCAGUGCUGUCCUGUGUACCAGUGUGUUCCCAAGAGGGUUUGUGUACAUCAGAAUGCUGAGUUCUUGCCUAAUUCCUCGGUCUUUGUUGAUAAGUGUCAGAAUUGUUUCUGCACUAACGAAGUUAACGUCAGCACUCAACUGAAUAUCAUCUCAUGUGAACAUAUUCCAUGCAACACAUAUUGUGAACCAGGAUAUGAACAUCAACCAGUGAAAGGUGAAUGUUGUGGAAGAUGUGUGCAGACUAAGUGUGUUAUACAUACAGCAAACAAUUCUGACCUCAUCUUGAGUCCUGGAGAGUUUAAAAGUGAUCCUUACAACAACUGCACCAUUUAUAGCUGUGUAAAUAUCCAUAACCAACUUCUCUCUUCCACAUCUGAGAUUACCUGCCCAGCAUUCAAUGAGGAGAACUGCAAACCUGGAACUAUUACAUUCUUACCUAACGGUUGUUGCAAAACCUGUAUACCUCUGGAUAGUCCCACACUGUGUUCUGUCCGUCAAAGAAAAGACUUCAUCUUCUAUAAGAGUUGCCGUUCUGUGGACAGAGUUGUCAUGACUGAAUGUGAAGGAAAAUGUGGAACCUUCUCACUAUACUCUGCUGAUGCCAAUUCUAUGGAGCACAGCUGUUCCUGCUGCAGGGAAUCAAGGACUACUGUGAGGGAAGUGGAACUGAAAUGCCCCACUGGGCAUUCAAUUUCCCAUAAGUAUAUAUAUGUGGAAAGCUGCAGCUGUCAAGACCAUGAAUGCUUACAAUCCAGUGAGUUGCAGAGCACAGAAGAAAAUGACAAGGCGAGCACUCUGAACCGUAUCAAGAGGGCCAUCAGCUUAACAUCAAAAUGA